UGUGGUAUUGGUUGUUGCUAUUCUUUUCCAUGUGGUCUUUUCAGGCUUUUCUUGCAUUUAGUACGUAUAUACAUACAAUUAGUAGGGUCAUGGUACAUAGUAAUAUGGUAAAUAUAUCGAUGACCAGUUAGCUCGGUUGAAUAUUCUGUAAAAUGCUACAUUGGUUUAUAUAAACGAUUAUAAAGGCACUGUACAAGUGCUUAAUAAUAUCAAUGCCUUUUAACUACAGAACUCAGGAAAUUUCAAAGGAACAGUGUUUAGAAAUUUUGGAUUGUUCAAGUUCUGCCACAAUAAACGCGGUAUUGGGAUACGGUGCAGGUUUCAUUAUAACACCCAUUGUCUACAACCGUGUAAAACACAUACUGAGACUUAACGUUUAUAUUAAAAUUCCAUUUUUCAUUGGAUUGUAUGCUGUUGGCCCUUUACCUUUCGUUUAUAUAGCAAGGCAAAACUGUAUCAAGAAAGUUGAAGCUAAAUAUAGUCAGAAAACUAAUUAAAGGUAAAUAUGUAUUGUAUCAAAAGAUUAAUACAUCUUGCGGGUAGUAAACCGGUACAUACUGGACUUGUUUCUGUGUGUAAAAGAGUAACAUGUGUUAUCCAAAAUAUUAGUUUAAGAUCUCAGCACAAUAGCAAUGAAAUAGAAAAUGAUGAAAUUGAUGAAGCUUAUAAUGAAUUGUCAAAUGAAUAUUUGGGAAUAGUUGCCGGAGGACACAGGGCCUUUAUUGUGCAACCAUAUAUAAAAUGGGGUCCUGAUAAAAAAAGAAAUACUACUCCUGAGUUACAAUUAGCCGAAGCUGAAGCAUUAGUAAAAACGUUGCCUCAUUGGACCAUUGUUGAUAAGGUUUGCAUACCUUUGACAUCACUGGAAAAAAAACAGUUACUUGGAGAAGGAGGGUUGGAGAAUUUAAAAACUCGAAUCAGAAGUCAAAGAAAUGUUACUGCAAUUUUCAUUAGUACCUAUGGAUUAAAGUAUGUACAAAUAAGAGAAUUACAAACAAUUUUUAGUUUACCGAUCUAUGAUCGAUAUUCUAUAGUUAUUCAAAUAUUUCACCAACAUGCCAAAAGUCGAGAAGCAAAAUUGCAAGUUGCAUUGGCAGAAAUUCCUUAUAUUUGGAAAAAACUGAAUGUAGAUGAAAGUCGAAAUGAUGGGGCAAUAAAUUUUAUAGACAGCAGGAGAAAAAUUCUGCAAGCUCGAGAAACAAAGUUAAAAAAUGAAAUUAAGAAACUGAAACAGCACAGACAAAUGCUAAGGAGCAGUCGACAGAAACUUGGUAUUCCAAGUGUUGCCAUCGUAGGAUAUACAAAUGCAGGAAAGACUUCUCUGAUUAAGGCGCUUACUGGAGAUUCGUCUCUUGAACCAAGGAACCAGUUAUUUGCUACAUUGGACACGACAGCUUAUGAGGGACGCCUUCCAAGCACUUUAAAAGUCCUUUACAUGGAUACAAUCGGAUUCAUUCAGGAUAUACCUGCAACUUUAUUAGAACCAUUUGUUGCAACAUUCGAAGAUGCAAUGACUGCUGAUGUAAUCGUGCAUAUUUAUGACGCAAGUCAUCCCGACUACAAGGCACAAUAUACACACGUUCAAGAAACUUUAAAGAAUUUAAUACACGACGAUCGCCCUAUAAUUAAUGUCGCUAACAAGUGUGACCUAGUCAAACAGGGAACUGUCCCAGAGGAUGUCUUGGCAAUAUCUGCAACCGAGUCAACGGGUAUAGAUUUGCUGCGACAGCAAAUCGAGAAAGAAUUAUUAUUAGUAACUGGACGUUCUACGACAAGGAUUCGAGUUAGGUCAGGAAGUCCAGAAGCAGCCUGGUUGUAUAAAGAAACUGUGGUGGUAGGGGCUGAACCAGAUUCAGAGGACUUACAAUAUCUUAUAAUGAGCGUUAUUGCCACAGAGGAUAAGUUGCGGAAGUUCAAGAAGUUCUUGAGCCAAUAAAUUCAUAACGUUUUGUAUUCUACAUAUGUAAAAAGCUAUAAUACAGCUAUAAGGGUGAUACCGUCAACGAUAAAUGUUGCUCGUAGUAGCACUAGGAUACAAUGCAUUAAGAAAUAUACGUGGAUACGCUGUUUCAUUUA